AGCGUUCAAUUCAUUUUACUUUGACGAUCAAAAUGAGUGUUGGGCUUCGAACUAUUGGGUGUCUGAGGCAACAGUGGCGUGCUCAGGCCAGGGAGUGAUCGUCUACUUCUCGAAUGUCAGACUGUCUAAUUUCACCUUGCCUACUCCUACAAUCACCACGUUCACUGUCACUGACCCGAAACUUGGAGAAUCGUUCACCGUCAACUACGUUGCCCCUUGCUCGAAGUUCUUCAACUUAACUCUCAAUUAUGGAAGCGAAAACCUUGGGAUUGUGAUGUCUGGCCAAGUUAUUCCAUACGAUGUACCUCCCUGCACAAUAAUGACUUUCACCCUAACACCUUCAUUUGGAAAGACAUCAGGGGUGCCAGUGAACGCAGAUUGCAUCACACCUGAUGUUCCAGACGUGGACAAUCUCAGCAUCGACACCUUUGUGUUCAACACGUCCUUCGUGGUGCACUUCACACCUACAUGUCCUGGAGUUUUCACCUACAACUUGUUGAACGGCGGUUCUUCCGUCCCAUCUGAAGUGGAACCAAAUGCAGCGGUCGCGUUCGCCGUGCAGCCAUGCACCACGUACUCCACCUUCACUCUGCAACCUGUGAACCCGAACGGGACCGAUGCCGGAACUGCAAUUCCUGUUCCUACCCUGACAACUUCUAAAUGCGUGUGCAUGACAUCAUACGUGGCGUUGUCUGGGAGCCAGGUCGCCAUAUACUGGCCUGAUCUGACGGAGGUCAAAACUUCCGGGGAGGUGGCGCGAGCCAAGCCCGUCACGGCCGUCCCACACUACGGUAAUCGAGUGCCAGGCAACGCUGUGGACGGCAACAACCAAACAAGAUUCCACUCGGACGACACAGGAGCUUAUCCGAAACCUUGGUUGAUUAUCGAUUUAAUGAGUACCGUGCUGGUGACGAAAGUUCGGGUACUGCCCUUUGUUGGAACAUGGCCACAGCGAGUAACCGAUCUUCGGGUUGGGCUCGGCAACAGUUUGCCUCCCACUGCGAUGGACUUCAGUCAGUACGAAGUGGUGGGGGCCAUCGACGGACCAGUGCCCAUGGAGGAGAAGUGGUAUGAGUUCGAAGUGUCGCCUCCUCGCUGCAGCCGCUACGUCGCCAUCUACAAAAUCGUCGAACGGGUCUACGACAUCUACAUCAUGGAGCUCGCAGAGAUGGAAGUCUUCGCCGAGUAUUAGAAAACUGGAUGUCGAAGUAAAGAAAUAAUCAA